UCCACAAAAAAGGUAUACUACUCUUCUAGUCUUCUUUUCCUUCUCCCAAUCUUCCAUCUUCCAUCUUCCUUCAACAACAACAAACUAUGGUUCCAAAUCCUUCUCAUUUUUUCCUCUCUUUCACCCUUCUCCUCUUUCUCCUCUCCACAAAAUCAUCAUCGGCUCAAUCCACCACAGAUCUUGAUCCAAACCAACUCAAAGCACUCAGAUCACUAGGUGUUCCAACAGGAAAAGACCCUUGUUCUCCUUCUCACAAAUCCACUAUUUGUGACUCUUCAACUCCCUUUCACAAUCUUAUUUCCCUCAAACUUAUAAACUGUUCAAAUGGUGUUACAUUAACUCAAACAGCUCUCAAAACUCUCUCCACUCUCCAAGACUUACAAUUCAUCAACUGUCCAGUUUCUCCUAUUCAUUUCCCCUCUGAAUUUAGCUCUAAUCUCAACUCCUUCACUUGUAUUAACUCCCUCAAGAAACUCACAAGUGUUUGGCUUAUUCGAAUGCGUAAUAUCGUAAAUUUAACUGUGUCUAAUGUUCCAGUUUCUGCUAGUGGCCCUUCUAUUAUCUUGAAUAGUAUCAAGACUUUGCAUACUGUUACUAUUUCUCAUGCAAAGCUUAAAGGUGUUCUUCCUACAAGAUGGCAUAUGAAUCUAACUUAUGUUGAUUUAUCUGGGAAUGAGCUUGAAGGGAAACUACCAACUUCUUUAACUGAGCUUGAAAAUCUUGUGCAUUUGAAUCUUUCUUCAAAUUCACUCAAUGGUACUCUACCAAAUUCAUUUGGCAAUUUACUUAGUUUGAAAAAUAUGUCAUUAGCUUCAAAUUCUUUGUCUGGAAGUAUCCCGAAAACGCUUGCUGCAAUUGCUGGAUUAGUUCAUCUUGAUCUUGGAUCAAACCAAUUAAAUGGAACUGUUCCAAAGUUCAUUUCAGAUAUGAAGGGAUUGAAAUACUUGAAUCUUGAGAGGAAUAAUUUCAAGGGGGUUUUGCCAUUCAAUGCUUCUUUCAUCAAGAAAUUGGUUGUGUUCAAGGUUGGAGAAAAUUCUAAUCUUUGUUACAAUCACUCCACGUUGUCUUCAAAAUUGAAACUUGGCAUUGCUCAGUGUGAUAAACAUGGAUUACCACUGUCGCCGCCACCUCCUAAGGAAGAUCUCAGUGAUGAUACUGAAGAAGAUGAUGAUAACAGUCCACCACCUAAACAUGAACAUGGACCUAGUAGAGUUGUUUUUGGUGUGGCCAUUGGACUUUCAUCCAUUGUGUUUUUGAUUAUUUUCUUGGUUUUAUUGGCCAAAUGUUGUAAAUGAAUUGAGUGUAAAUUGAGACAUUCUUGGUCCAGUUAGGUUAGGCAAAUGUCCUUAAUAGGAUUUGAAAAUUUGUUUAUUAACUGUAUACUUGGAUCUUGAGGGAGAGUAGAAUGUAAGAGUGGUUAUUUUGUCAGUGUGUGUGUGAUUCUAUUAGCACUAUUGCUGAAGGAGAAAAUCUCCAUUUCAGUUAUCUAAAUUCUUUUGUCAUUUAUGUAUGAUCUGAAAUAAGGGAAUAUUUGAAGGAGGAAGCUCCCAUUCCUGGCAUUGUUUGUAAUGAA